CAAGUCCUCCUGCCGGCCAUCGGGUCCGAGGCUCCGGCGUGGCAGAGGCGCCGCAUCGCACGCCGCAGAGACGAGGCGCCGAGGGCCCGGCCGGAGGAGCGGCCCCCGGGCCAUGGAAGCGGAGGGCGCGCGCAGCUAUUCCUUUGAGCAAGCUCAGGGUUUUUAUUCAUUUCCAUUUCAACAAAUGAUGGCGGAAGCUCCUAACAUGGCCGUCACGAAUGAACAGCAAGUGCCAGCAGAAGGUCCUACCCCAGCUCCCGCCCAGGAACCAGCACCAGAGGCUCCAAAACGAAGGAAAAGAAAAGCCAGAACAACAGAACCUCAGGCCCCAGUGGAACCCAAAAAACCGGCUGCAUCAAAAAAAUCUGGCAAGUCUACAAAGUCAAAAGAAAAGCAAGAAAAUCAAGAAAAAAUUACAGACACAUUUAAAGUGAAAAGAAAAGUAGAUCGUUUCAAUGGCGUUUCCGAAGCUGAACUCUUGACCAAGACUCUUCCUGAUAUUUUGACCUUCAAUCUAGAUAUCGUGAUUAUUGGCAUUAACCCAGGACUAAUGGCUGCUUACAAAGGACAUCAUUAUCCUGGACCUGGAAACCAUUUUUGGAAGUGUCUGUUCAUGUCUGGACUGAGUGAGGUGCAGCUGAAUCAUAUGGAUGACCACACCUUACCUGGAAAGUAUGGGAUUGGAUUUACCAACAUGGUGGAAAGGACGACACCAGGCAGCAAAGAUCUUUCCAGUAAAGAAUUUCGUGAAGGAGGGCGUAUUCUAGUACAGAAAUUACAGAAAUAUCAACCACGAAUAGCAGUGUUUAAUGGAAAAUGUAUUUAUGAAAUUUUUAGUAAAGAAGUUUUUGGAGUAAAAGUUAAGAACUUGGAAUUUGGGCUUCAACCCCAUAAGAUCCCAGACACAGAAACUCUCUGCUAUGUCAUGCCAUCGUCCAGUGCAAGAUGUGCUCAGUUUCCCCGAGCCCAGGACAAAGUCCAUUACUACAUUAAGCUGAAGGACUUGAGGGACCAGUUGAAAGGCAUUGAACGGAACACAGACGUUCAGGAAAUACAAUACACAUUCGACCUGCAGCUUGCCCAAGAGGAUGCCAAGAAGAUGGCUGUCAAGGAAGAGAAGUAUGAUCCAGGCUACGAGGCAGCAUAUGGCGGUGCCUACGGCCAGACCCUGUGCAACAGUGUGCCCAGUGGCCUACCUUCAAACGGGCUGUCAGCUGACAGUGCGGAGUUGAGAGGAGAAUCAGCUUUGAGUGACAUUCCGAAUGGGCAGUGGAUGACCCAGUCGUUUACAGACCAGAUUCCUACCUUUAAUAAUGGUGGCACUCCGGAGCAGGAAGAAGGCAGCCAUGCCUAAGGAUGGUGCUUCUCGGCUCUGCCUCAGUGCUGCAGUUUAAUGCAGUUACCAAGACAUAGACCUCAGUUCACUAACUGAAGUGUUAUUAGUGCUUUACUCUAGCAGUGUAAUACAGUACAGAACAGUUGUGUGGUAGAAUCAACUGUAUGAACCCAAGUAGUUUGGGAUGAAAAAGUAGAGGUUUUAUAUGUGAGUUUUUGUAUUUGAAUAACUAUCAUUCCAGAUUUUUAUAUACUAUAUUUCAUUUAUGAAGAAAUCAGUUUUCUUUGGGGAGUUGCUUUGAUCAGUAAUUUUAAAAUGUAACAGUCUGAACAUUUACAGUUGAUUCUUCACUGUGCAUAACAACCCUAGAUAUGCCAUUAUCCCUUUCACUGCCUAAGAAGGGCAUGCUGAUCAUAAUUAUCAUUGGCAAAGAGGCACAUGUGCUGAUGUCCUAUAUGAAGCCGGCCUGGCUAGCCCUCAUUGGAGUCUGACCAGUUUCUUUCAGAGGCUGAGGGUAAACUCAGGUCUCCAGGGUUGGUCACACUCAGACCUCUACUCUCCCAGUGGCGAGUGUCUGUGAGAAUUGCUUAGUAGAAACAUAAGAGUGUGGCCUUGUAGGGACACAGCUGAUGGGGCCACAAGCCCUACCUUGGGCCUCACUCCUGUGUGUCAGUCCUCCUGGAGGCAGAAACUGUUCUGCUGAGCUGCUAGGUUUGAGAGAAUGCAGUAGACCUUUCACAGUUUGUCAUUCAUCUGUGUCUUGCUCAACAGAGAAGAAACUGAAUUUCUCUGUCAGGAUUCAUCGCCUCUUUGAAUUUAUCCUCCUCCACUUUGAGGUUGGCAUGUAAGGUGAUAGGAAAUGAACUUUCAGGGUGAGCAACAAGAUGCUGCAAGUGUUUGAUAAUCAUAUUUAACUGGUGCUCUGUGUAUAUGAGAUGUACUAAAAUAAUUCAGAAUUCCUCUUGGUAGUAAAACUAAUAAGCCAAUAAUUUAACAAAUUCUGUGCAUCAUUGCUGUUGGUUACUGUGGACAAGUGAGCCUCAUGAACAGGUUGGCUGGAAUCAUGUACCUUUGUGGUUUUCUAAUACAUUUCCUGUGGUGCUAUAAAUAGUCCAGUCUACUAGGUCUGGUGGACAUUAAAGCUGGGUAUUCAGAAAUGCCAUUUGCUUCCACUCCUAAUCACUCCUGAGCAUUCUGGUCUGAGGCAUCCCCAAGGAGCAUGCUGUUUCUACAAUAUGAAUUAUCAGUGAGGUUUUUAUGUUCCCCACAGGAGAUUGUGUAGUCUGUCCUUCUAUUUAUAAGAGAAACAUUCUUCUGAAUCUUAAUAUGCCUUUUAGCUGUGGCAACAAUGGAUUUUAUUUCCCCUUAAGUCUAGGUCAAGCUGUGUUCAAGUCAUUCAUGUUAUUUAAAUGGUGCACUGUACUGCUGUUUACAUGGACGUUUUGUGCGGGUGCUUUGAAGUGCCUUGCAGCAGGGAUUAGGAGCAACUGAAUUAUUUUUUCAUGGGACUAUGUAAAGCAUGUAACUAGGUAUUGCUUUGGUAUAUAACUAUUGUACCUUUGUCAUAGAUAACCUUAUUUGAGUGGAGAAAAUACCCUUUAAAUUAUGACAAGUAUGCUAGAGAAUGGGUGUGGAGAUUUCCCAAGCAUAUAAUCUUGGUGUUUUAGUCGUGUUGGUGUAUCCUGUACAUGACAGGUCGGGACUUUUCAUUAAAUAAUAUUGAGAAGAUUUUUAAAUUCGUAUGGAAGUCUGAUGAAUUUUACAAUAAAUGGCGUGAAUGGC